AUGGAAAUGUAUGGUGGAUCUGCCAGUCUCCAGUGCCGUAUUUAUAUCCAGGAACACCUCUGGGACUUCCGUGGACCCCAGAUAAAUUUUGAAAAAUAAAGGCUGUAUGGUUCCCUUUAAUUUGCUGUCUUUGGCUCUACUAUUAGGGUUGUUGGAUUCUUACUUAAAAUGGAAGUUGACAUUAAUGGAGAGGCCAGAUCUAUGCUAGCUCCCCUCCCCUUGCCUAUCGCUGACGUGAGUGCUACAAGCAAAACAGACAACGAGAAACCUCGCUGCUCCAGCACCCCAUGCUCACCAAUGCGCCAGACUGUUUCAGGUUACCAAAUCCUCCACAUGGAUUCUAAUUACUUGGUUGGCUUCACUACUGGAGAGGAGCUCCUGAAAUUAGCUCAGAAGUGCACUGUAGAAGAACAGAAUAAAGUUGAAAUGAUAGGGCCUACUUUGCGCUCCAAACAGCUUGAUUCAGGACUUUCUCGUUCUUCCCGAGUGUGCAAAGCCAGAAGCAGAUAUUACCAGCCUUAUGAGAUCCCAGCGAUCAAUGGCCGUAGAAGGCGACGGAUGCCCAGCUCAGGGGAUAAAUGCAGCAAGCCACUACCUUAUGAACCAUACAAGGCAUUUCAUGGUCCUUUGCCUCUCUGCCUUUUCAAAGGUAAAAGAGCUCACUCAAAAUCCCUAGACUACCUCAAUUUAGACAGAAUGAACAUCAAGGAACCGGCUGAUACAGAAGUGCUUCAGUAUCAGCUCCAGCACCUCACCCUGAGAGGGGACCGUAUGUUUGCUAGGAACAACACAUGAACAUAAACCAUCCUUUGUUCUUCACUGCAUCAAGAUUGUCUAUACAAUGUAGGCAGUCAUGCACUUGGUACCUGGUUGGAUCAGAAAAGUGUUUUGUUAGACCAUAGCAUAGGAAGAUGAGGUGUAUGUUUGUGUGUAUGUUUGUGCAUGUGUGUGCGUGUGCAGAUGUGUGUGUGGAAACCACAGAAAGAGGAAGUACUGAAAAGUUCUAACAAGAAAUUUCUUUGGAAUAGUGUAACAAAACAAAAUGUUUUGCACAUGGAUACCUGAUAUGACAAUUUUAACACUCAAAAAUUGAUGUAAUGUGAAUUAUGUUUCUGACUGAGCUUGCUGUAAGAAUUUACUCAUGGAUCAGCACUGAAAUAUAUUAUUUAAUAUUAAUCAUACGUGCAUAUGCAAUGAGUUUUGCAUUAUAAGACAAAAUGUUUCACUAAAACCAUGUGUUCUUUAAAAUAAUCCAGUUUGUACUCACUGUAUCUGGAUUUGCACUGGCAACAAAAGAAAAAAAUGCUAAUGAAAUUAAGCCUCAGUACUUACAUUACUAGAGCUGACUGUUUUUAAAUGUAUAAUUGAAUUACUACUUGGAUUUCAAACUAAUUUCAGUGUGAUUUUUUUUUAAAAAAAAAUCCUAAAAUGUGUUUUGAAGAAAAAAAUAUUGAAAGAAAAUUACUGACUUUAAUUUUGUAUGUUUUUUAAAUAAUUAUCUUAACACAGAAACCUUUAUAGUGUAUUGUAUGUAUGAAUAUACAUAUACAUAUAUACAUACACACACAUAUACACACACAUAUAUAUAUAUAUACAUGCACACAUGCAUACAUGCACAAAUGCUGAAAACUGCAUUUGCAUUUGUGAUAUUCAGCAUUUAGAUUUUACAGUAACAGUACCAUGUAGGUAUGAUGGGAGGUUGUUAUGACAUUUUAGCACUGCAUUGGAACAUUCCAAUUUAUUUACAGCACUGAUAAUUUUAACUUUGUCUUGUUUUGUUUUUCUUGAAAAGCCUUUCAGGCUACAGCUAAAUUAUUAAUUUCUCCAAAUGUACUGGUGUAAAUCAUCUCCAAACAAAUCCUAUUUUACAUUUUAAUAUUUAUUAUUAUUGUUACUCUCUUUUAAGAUAUGCUGCUUAUUAUUGAAAGAGUGUGCAAUCAUGUUAUGUUCUUGAUCUGUAAGUUAUUUAGAAGUGAAAGCUUAAUUCUUGUGGAUACAGUAAGGAAUGCUUAAAUUGUUUAUGAAACCGAGCCUUUUUAAAACCAUUCCUUGCACAGAUUUGAUUUACUUGGAAAAGACUUGUCUCUUAAGAAAGAAUACAGAGAGCAUAUGCUUUGAAAGCAUAAGGGUUGUCUUUUCUUUGAUAUCUUGUACAAAAAUUGUGCUCAACUGGCAGUGCAUCAACUAUGGAUCAGGUUUGUUUCACUUGAGAAGAUGCUUGAAAUUUUUACAAGUUGCACUGCUGUAUUAUAGUGAAAAAUGAUUCCCUACGUAACUACUUUGCAUGGCCUUCUAAUGUAAACAGAAGAGUACUGUCCAAUGCCAAAGAAAGGAUUUUUACAUUUAUUGAUUAAACAUAAAUAAUAAAUAUUAAUUAAUUUUAUCUAUGAAGCAACAUUGACUAGAAAAUAAAAGGGUGAUAUCCGUACUUUUCUAUGGCCCUUGGUAUAUGUUGCUCUUUUAAAACCAGGAAAGGAAAUCUGCCUGAUUAUAUCAUUUUACAUUCUUUUCUAAAAAAAAUGUAUGUGUAUUAUAAAUGUUACAUUGAUUUCAUAUAUUUUCAUAUAUAUUGUAGACCCUGACACACGAAAGGAAUUUAGUUUACAUACUUCAGAAACUAUGACAUGGAAUCUACUACACAUUGAAUAUACAGAGGACUGCUAAAAUCUAGUCAUUUUCCUUGCCAUUGUAACAGCAGAAACAGGUGCAUUUGCCUGCAGCUCACUGUAUAAUGAGGUUUCUCUGUGAUUUUCUUUUUAUCUGAGAAAAAAUUGCCCAUUGGAAACAAAUAGCCAUGGUAUAUGCAUGAAUCUGUUCUUGUUAUAGUGUGCAAUGAAUAACCGCAUUUUGGGAGAUAGUAAUACAUAUAAGAGAAGCCUCACAUUUAUUGUUAUAAAGUUUGCUUAUAAAGUAAACAAUUGGCCUCCCUUUGUGACUUUUGAACUAUUUUCUUGGGGAAAAAAAUUUUUUUUUUAAAUUUUGAUUUUAAUUUCUAAAAUUCUCUGCAACUCUUAAGUCAGUUCUCUGGCAAGAUAAUCAGCCCAUUGCUGACAUUCUAUGGGAUAAAAGUGGGAAAAUACAAAUUUCACAUGUUUUCCCUACUAUUUUUAAGAAUUGUUCUAAAAGUUAUAUAAGCUAUAGUGCAUCAAUUUCUUGUCUUGUACAAAAAUGUUAUUUCAGUGAUUGAAUUCAUUGCUUGGAGUUUUUAUUAUUAAUUGUUUUAAAGAGUUUCUGAGAGGGGCAACAUAUGCUUUUAAAGCUAAAUUAAUGCAUUCAUUUUAUUAGAUAACUUACAUUGAAUUGCAUAUUGAAUGAUGACCUACCAAGAAAGUAAAACCUGAAUGGAAAA